AACGAAAAGUAAGUCAGUGUUUACGAAAAGUGCACAAUAAAUGCAUUGUUCUUAGUCUUGCUUUAAUCAAUUUAGACUAGAACAAAAUAAAAGCAUUUAUUUGCAAACUUCAAAAAACACUCGAGAUUAAAAUAUUUUAUAGAGGCAAAGAAAAGAUCUGAAGAAGAGACUAUUGAGAAAGGAUAAUUAUCGGAAGCGAUAACAACUCAUCCAUAUACAAGAAGAAACAAAUUCAGGGUCAAUAAUACAAAAAUGUAUCUCUUUUUACUUACGUUAACAAUAAUAUUAGUUUACAUUUACUGCUCUUAUAAAUUAAACUACUGGAAAAGGAGAGGUAUUAACCAAGUGGAUAAUUCAAGCAUUAUAUUUGGAGAUGUCAAAAAAGCGAUUUUGUUCCGCACCGCGCCGGGCUUCCACUUGGGCGACUUGUACAGAGGCGCCCCCGCCGGCGCACCUUACAUUGGAUUUUACAUUUUCCACAAAGCGUGUCUGCUGUUGAAAGACCCCGAGAUAAUCAAGAGGAUUCUCAUAAGUGAUUUCGACAAAUUCUCUGACCGACACUUCGCUGGAAACCAACAGAAAGAUAGCUUUGGACAGCAGAACUUGUUCGGCUUGAAGAAUCCGACUUGGAGAUACCUGAGGAAGAAAAUUUCGCCGUCUUUCUCUCGAGUCAAACUGAGGCAAUUGUUCCCGCUGAUGAUGGAAACCGGUAAAAGCAUGAUGGAUCAUCUGGACAAGAUCACUGAUGCUAAGAAACCGGUAAUUAUUGACACUCAGGACAUCAAUUACAAAUAUACCAGCGAUAUGAUCGCCAACUUCGGCCUUGGUAUCAAAACUGAUAGUUUCAACUACCCAGAUUCAGAUUACACCAAAUUCCUUAUGGACUUCUUCAAAUCAUCCAGACGAAUGGUAGCAUUGAUCACAGUAUUUUUUAUGCCAGAAAUUGUAAAAUUUACUGGAAACUCAUUGCUAUUUGAUUUGUCGUUCAUACGUAAAAUAUUUUAUGAAGUAUUAGACUCACGUGAAAAGAGUGGAACAAAGAAAGGAGACUUUAUAGAUACCAUCAUUAAGUUGAAGAAUGGAGAGCAAAACCCCCUGUACAAAUUCGAAGGUGAGCAUCUCUUAUUCCAAUCUGGGGCACUCUUCUCUGGUUUUGAGUCAAGUUCCACUGCAUCUGCAUUCACUCUAAUGGAGCUGGCUAAAGCGACCGAAGCCCAAGAAAAAGCAAGAAAUGAGAUCAAGCAGGCCAUCGAGAAACAUGGUUUGACUCUGGAAGCUUUAAACGAAAUGAAAUACUUGGACAAGUGUAUUUCUGAAACUGUCAGAUUAUAUCCACCAGUUCCUAUCGUAGAUCGUGUAGCUCUACAAGAUUACGAGAUUCCCGAAACGGGUUUCGUAAUCAAGAAAGGAACCCCAGUCUUCGUGUCUCUGUUCGGCUUGCAAAGGGAUCCAAAACUCUUCGAGGACCCGGAGACGUUUCGGCCCGAAAGGUUCGACAGCGACAAAACCAUAACUGACGGUUACAUGCCCUUUGGAGAGGGUCCUAGGAAAUGUAUUGCUGUGCAAGUAAGCCAGCUGCACGUCAAGCUGGUGCUUUCCAUGAUCCUGUCCAAAUACCAAGUGCGUCAAGUCGAGUCAGCGAACUACAAACUGGAUCACCGGUCAUCUUUCACUGCUGCAGCGACCGGGAUUAAUCUCGAAUACAUAAAGUUAACAUAAUAACUUAUACUGACCCGUGGCUAUGUAAAUUAUUUUUUGAUUAUUUUAUUUUAAUAAAGCUUGUUCUGUUA